GGGGCGGGCGGCCGGCCCGGGAGGGGACACGCGGGGCUGGCGGCGGCGUCCGAUCGCGCGGGCUGGAGCCACAGCGGGCGUGUUGAGGACACCGUGCACCCAAUGGCUGGAUGUGUUUGCCCCUUUCUAGCAGUUCUCAAGAAGUCCCCAUACCUGGCUGCUGUGUACCGAUGUGUACCUCUGUAGGGCGUGGGGAUGCCAUGGUGCCAAAGACCAAGUGGAAUCCCACCUACCAAGGCUACAUUUAAAAGGAUUUGGAAGCCCCUCCCCAUGGGUGGGACGUCUCACCACUUUCUCCUAGGCCACAUUUGCUUACUGCUCGAUUAGGGGAAAGCGCAGGCAGCAACAGGGCUUGCCUACCAGCAAGCAACCAGAGACCCGAGUGGGAUCCCAGACUUACACGUGCCCUUUGGGUUGCCGGGGCAGUGUCAGGGAAGGGGGUCGAUGCCCGGAGGCGAUGCAGUCAGACGAUCUCUUUAUCCGCAAGAUCCGACGCCACUCGAACCGCCCACAUCUCACUUCCCUCUCUUUUGACGCUUUCCGGGCCCCCAAGACUUCAGCGGGUGAGGGCCCCCUCGUGGGACAUUGUGGCCCUCCCCCAAGGUCCCCCCGACACAGCUAUCUGAUGCAUCGAAGCAAUAGUGACGUGACAUUAAGUGAGGGGGAGCAAGCACCCACCCCUUCCUCCGGUCCCCCCUUGCCCUCAGACCCAACUAGGAUCCCCCUUAACAGCAGUGGUCUGAAUUCCGUUGCAAAGUCUGCAGUGCCCCCUCGGGCCCGGGCGCACAGCCAUGAAGAGCCACGGGCUGGCAGCCCCACCGCACGGCGCUUCCGUGACCCCCUGCUCCUCCUAGGACUGUCGACCAAUGAAGUGUGGGAGACAGAGGGGGAUGGUGUACCUGCUGGGCCUGGCGAUGGAGGCGGCUCACAUCCUGUACCCUCUGAGGUGCCUGCACCUGUUUGGGGCCGCCACUUGGCGCACUAUGACGUGCAGAGCAUUUUAUUUGAACCUGGCGAGGUGGCCAGAGAAGUUGAGAAGCAGGGUAACGUCAGCACAGGAGCAUCGGCCGCCUCGCAGCCUCGUCUGGCGGGCAUGGUGCCCCCCAUCGAGGGUGAGAUGGGUAUGGACAAGGAUGGACCUCUGGUGCUCAGCUGUCCCUACUUCCGUGUGGAAGCUGGGGGUGAGACUGAGUGGGGGCUAGGCCAGCACCGGCAGUCCCUGGCGUGCUUCCAUUAUCCCAAUAUGGCCGUUUCUGUGCUGGAGGAACCCCGUGAAAGCUACGGCCAGAGAACCAGCCGGGUGAGCUAUGCAAUUGAAUACGCGGAUCUAGGAGCCUGUUACUAUCGGAAGCACUUCUUUGGCAAGGAGCACCAGAACUACUUUGGGAUGGACGACCAGCUGGGAGCGGUGGCAGUGUCCCUGCGGCGUGAGGAGAAGGAGGGCAGCACGGGCCCUCAGUACAAUUUCCGCCUUAUCAUCCGCACAAGCCAGCUCCGGACCCUGCGAGGAUCUAUUCUCGAGGAAGUGUUGCCCCUUGCUGCUCGCCACAGCUCCCCCCGAGGAGUCGCCCCUAAGAAACUUCUGGAGCACUUGAUCCCAGAGCUGAACUUGCAGUGCCUCCGCUUGGCCUCCAAUUCCCCUAAAGUGCCAGAGACCUUGAUCAAGUUGGAUGAACAGGGGCUCAGUUUCCACCGGAAAGUGGGGGUCCUGUAUUGCCUGGCUGGCCAGGGCUCCGAAGAGGAGAUGUACAACAAUGAAGAGGCGGGGCCUGCUUUCCAGGAGUUCCUGCAGCUGCUCGGAGACCGCGUGCGCCUGCGUGGCUUUGACAAGUAUCGCGCCCAGCUAGACACCAAGACUGAUUCCACAGGGACUCAUUCCCUUUACACUGUGUACCAGGACUAUGAGAUCAUGUUCCAUGUCUCCACUAUGCUGCCCUACACCCCAAACAACCGUCAGCAGCUGCUGCGAAAACGCCACAUUGGGAAUGACAUUGUGACGAUCGUCUUCCAGGAGCCAGGGGCCCUCCCCUUCACACCCCGUGUGAUCCGCUCCCACUUUCAACACGUAUUCAUUGUGGUGCGGGUGCACGAGCCUUCCAAGGAGCACACUACCUACAGUGUGGCUGUCAGCUGCACCAAGGACAUCCCACCAUUUGGCCCCUUCAUUCCAGCCAAGAACUGCUUCGUGAAGGGCCCAGAUUUCCGGGACUUCCUGCUUGCCAAGGUUAUCAAUGCAGAAAAUGCUGCUGAACGCUCAGGGAAGUUCCACGCAAUGGCGACCCGAACCCGCCAGGAGUAUCUGCGUGACCUGGCCCUCAACCACGCCACCACCAGCACCCUGGAGGCUUCUUCGUCUCGCCUUGCACUCAUUGCUUUGGCUUCUAAGAAGCGUGAGAAGGCCAAGAACACAAAGGGGGCAGAGGCACACAGCGCGGGGGCAUUGGUGUGGGGCGUGUGGGCAAGGGAUGGCAGCAAGGGGCCCGAGUGCAAGACCCCCGAGCUCCGGUGCCUGCUGGGCAUCUCUGCUGAGUUUCUCGUCCUCAUUGAUGCCCGUGAGAAGAGGGUGGUCUUUAACUGCUCCUGCCGGGACAUCCUGGCUUGGACCUUCUCGGAAAGCUGCACUUUGGACCUCUAUUAUGAGACGGGGGACUAUAUUUGCAUGCGCGUGGACGAGGGACAGGCAGCAGACAUCAAGGACAUUGUCCACAGGCUGCAGCUGGUGACCCGAGGGUGCGAGACACGGGAGCUAACGCUGCUGCGGAACGGAGUCGGCCAGCUAGGCUUCCAGAUGGACCCCGAUGGUUUUGUGACCGAGGUGGAGCGCUUCACCUUUGCUGAGAAGGCCGGCCUUCAGCCCGGAGCCCGCCUGGUCCGUGUCUGUGAGAGAGCGCUGCCCAGCCUCAAUCCUGGCCAAACCACAGAGCUGCUGCGCACUGCCAAGAAGGUCACCAUCACAGUCGUUCCCCCGGAUGAGAAUGGAAAGCCCAGGAGGAGUUUCUCGGAGCUGUACCAGAAAUCCUUGAAAGAAAAGAGGAGGAGUGAGCCGCCAGCCGGGGAAGCAGAGCUGACCAGGCCAGGGAGCGAAGCUGGAUUCAAGCCAGCCGCGCUUCAGCUCCUCCACUCGCUGUCCAUGCAGGACGGGCCCCCUCACAGCCUGGCAGAAGAAAGGACCGAGUUUCUUCGGAGUCACAGUGAUGGAGAGCCCUUGCCCUCAAACCCGGUACCAUCUCAGGACGUCUCUGUCCUCCCCAGUCCCCCUCCUGAUCUCAUCUUGGCUGCCACACCUAAAGUCCCUCCAGACCAGGCGACUGACCAUCCCAGAGAGCCUGUUGCAAAUAAGAAAGGGCCCAUCACAGUCCAAGAGGUCAAAGGUUCCUGGUCUCUGCCCCCUGGGGACAGGGCAUCUUCCCCCUUGGAUCCCAGUGAAACGGAGAAGUUCCUGCCACGGACUCUUUCUCUGAGGAAUUCCAUCACCAAAAUCCUCUCUGAAGCUGGCGAUUCCCUAGAGGAUGAGUGGGAGUCCAUUGCUAAUUUGGCAUCUGCUUGUAACAGCAUCUUGGAAGCUCUCUCCAGGGAAGGACAGCAUGUGCUGGAGACCAGGGAAUCUUUGAGCACGGCCGUCCAGAAGGGUUCCUCUCAGCAGCAUCCCAGUGAGGAAUCCCAGCAGGCUCUCAGCCUAGCCGACAAGGUCCUGCACUUGGAAUCCACACUCAAGCAACUGCAGGACGAUCUUCAGAGGGAGAAGGCUGAAAAGGCGGCGCUGCAAGCGGAAGUGCAGAGUCUUCAAGAGAACACGCAGCGCCUGAAAGAGGCUUCGGAGAGUGCAGCGGCUCAGCUCAGCCAAGUCACACAGAUGCUGGGGGGGCCUCCCACACCCCCCCACUGUCCCUGAGGCCUCGAGACGGACGUCCCUCGCACCUCUUGGUGGUGUGCUUGCCUCUCCCCCAUGUGUACUUGAGGCACAACAGAGACUUACUUCACUGGUCUGUGUGAUCCUGGCUCCCAGCUCCCUCCCUCCGUCACCAAGACCCUCCUUGCAUUGGCCCGUGACCCGUGUCCAGAAGAUGCGCUCUUGAGCUGCUCUCACCCCUGAUUUGGAGGCGCUGCCCAUUUUCAGAAGGGGGGAGGCAGACAAACAGGUGCUCCGCCCACUUAGAAAGACUGCCCCUGUUUUCCUUCAGGAGCAGCCACUCGCCUUCCUGGUGAUUCGAGCACCAGUCAAUCACCUUGAUUUGCAGCUGUACAACCUGCCCACCCAUGGCAGGUAAACCGGCUGACCAGCAAUGGGUUUUUACUGGGUUGUGACUUCGGACCCAUGACUUCUCUCUGACUAUAACCACUAACCCCUGUGGAAACGCCACACCGGUGGGUCCAUUGGAGGAUAAUUCACCAGGCAAUAACUGCAGACCACCUCUGGGCAUAGGGGAGAACGUACCAGACCUGCGUUAAUUUACCUGCCAUGCAGGGGCUUGAACAAGCCUUGAGAUCCUCUGGCUGCCUCCUCUUUUCCUUCCUCCUCCAUCCUCCUCUCCCACCUGAAUUCCAGCACUGAUUCGGGCUGCUUUGGGUCCCACCUCUAGCCUUGGGUGGGGGGGGGGGGCACCAGCCAGCUCGUUCAUUAACUGUGAAAUUUUUUGAAAGCUGUGACAGAACCCAUCUCCCACCCUGGCCCUUCUUUUUGCCUCUUAUCAGCUGUCUUGCAUAACCUUCCUUGGACUCUUCCUGGAGCGCAGGCAGAUGACCCAGCCAGCGGUUUGCCUCCCCCAGUGGUGCUAGCCAUCAAUAAUUUUCCAUAUCUGCUCCCCACCUUCCAUCCUUGGAGCUGGGCUUUGCCCCACAUGUGGUUGCAGGAAGGAUUGGGAGGGGUCCCUUUCCCCCUAGUUGUCAUGCCUUUGUGUUAUGUAAAUACUUGAGUUUCCAGAGACAAUGUCUGUCUGUUUGUCUGUCUCUCUCUUUCCCUCUCUCUCUCUCUCCUUUCUUCUCAAGGGACCAAGGUUAACGGAGGGAUGGGGGGGGGGGGCGGGAGUCAGUGGUCCACCCAUCUCCCCGCACCAGCUCCUCCAGCCUCCUGUCUGUAUUGGAACUGAAUGUACAGAACGCAGCACCCCUUCUUGUGCAAUAAAGUCA